AUGGCAGACGCAGCAACAGCUUCUUAUCGAUUCAAUCAUACAAUGAUUCGUAUCAAAGAUCCCGAAAAGAGUAUCGAAUUUUACACAAAAGUCUUGGGAAUGGAUGUUAUUGAUGAACAUGAUGCUGGGGAUUUCAAGUUGUUCUUCCUUGCAUACAACCUUCCCGGACAAAAAGGUUUGCCACGUGGUGAACGUGAAGGUAUUUUGGAAUUGACCUGGAACAAAGGUACUGAAAAGGAUCCAAACUUCAAGUACCACAACGGAAAUGAUGAACCACAAGGAUUCGGUCAUACAUGUAUCUCCGUUGAUAACCUCGAAAAGGCCGUUGCACGUUUCGAUUCCAUGGGUGUCAAGUUCAAGAAACGUCCGGAAGACGGCAAAAUGAAGAGCAUCGCUUUUGUGUAUGAUCCGGACAUGUACUGGAUAGAAAUCAUCUCUCACAACAAGCCUCAGUGA